UAAGUUAAACCCCUCGGGCCCUCCGUAAAAUGUAAAUUGUCAACUAUCGAGGGUCCGCUUCUUUCGUGUUGACGCUUUCUAUUCUAUCAGUUAAUUACUAUAGCUCUUUUAUAAUAAAAAUAAUUCUAAACUCGCAAAAAUCAGUUUUUGAGUCAAGGAUAUGAACGGCUAAAUAUAGUUCUUAUAUUUAAGUAUAAAUAAAAGUUACUAUUAAUUAUGUCUGUUGCGUUCGCACCCCGGGGCAACCGGCCACCAUUGAGUCCAGCACAAAUUCAAAAAAUGCUGGAUGAAAAUGCACAUUUGAUACAAACAAUUCAAGAAUAUCAAGCGAAAGGGCAGCUUAUGGAAUGUCAUCAAUAUCAGCAAGUUUUACACAGAAAUUUAGUGUAUUUAGCAUCUGUCGCAGACGCCAAUCAGAACAUUCAAGCUUUACUCCCGCCACCUCACCAAUUAGCUGGUAAUGUUCAGCAGGGAUCCCUCAACCCUCCUACUAGCGGAGCUGAUGUACCAGGAUCACCACAACAACCAUACCGUCCACCAUCAGGAGUGUCUUCAACACCUACAAGACCGACACAAUCAUAUGGUCAAAGACCUUACCCACAGAAUCAAUAUCAAGGACAGUAUCAAGGCUCACCAGGCUAUCCUCCCCAACCUGGUUAUGGACCCCCUGGGCAAGGAUAUGGUCCACCCAACCCCUCUCAACAACCACAAGGCUAUCCACCCAAUUCCACAUAUGGACCUCCUAUAACCACAUCAAGUAAUUAUCCCCCCUCUACACACCCAAGUCCAGGAUACCCACCCUCUUCUGGUCAGCAACCUUAUGCUCCACCUCCUGGAAGCCCCGCAGCUGCAGGUUCACCAUAUCCAGUCAGAGGAUCAAGCCAACCAGCAUACACUGGAAAUUCAGGUUACCCUCCACCUCAAUCGGGACCAAACUAUCCCAAUGUGGGUGUGAGUUCUUACAAUGCUACAACCUCCCAGCCCCAGCCGUAUCAAUCACAACCAUUCCCUAAUACUACUCCUACGUCAGCAUAUAGCUCAACACCAAUCUCGCAACCGAACCGCUCUCCUCAACCACCACCAUCUGGUUAUACAUCUCAAAAUCCGACCAGCACUGGUUAUGGUUCUCCAUCUGCACAGUCACCGACAUAUAACUCUAGCGCCCAUGGAAAUAAUGGUCAAAGUUCAACACCAGCCUCAGGAGGACCACCUCCAAGUGGUACCCCAUCUGGUUCACAGUAUCCUCCAUCUAGUCAACCUCCAUAUCCUCCAGCAACACAACCCCCUUAUUCUAAUCCAUCAUCUCAGCCUGGUAGUCCAUCACCAUCAGUCUCAACAGCACCACCUCCUCAGUCUUCAUACCCACAGAAUCCUCAAAAUUAUCCUCCUGGAGGAGGAGCAUAUCCUCCCCACGCCUAUCAACAAGGCUAUCCUCCGGCCCAGUAUCCCCCAUCUCCCUAUCCAUAUGCCCGGGCCCCAGCACCCGGUGCUCCUCCUCCAGGUGCGCCACAACCCUAUCCAGGUUAUGGAUUCCAGCCCCCUAAUCAGCAGUAAUUACUUAAUAAAAGAACAUGAGAGUAAUCCGUUAAACAGUAAUAAUGUAAGUUUUUAUAUUCUCACUGCUUUUUACUUUAAGUGUGUACUAAUAAAAACCUAAAUUAAUUUUUAGUGUUAUGUGAUGAGUAUUUACUAGUAAUAUUAAGAUACCUAUAGUGUGACACUGAAACAUCGGAUUUAGAAGAAGGUAGCCUUUACGCAAUAUUAUUGUCAUCGAAACAUAUGAUGAGGCUUUGUAUGGAAUUAUUUAAUGUUUCACUGGUUUUGUAUGUACUAGCAAUUCUUUUUUGCUUCUAUAACUUAAAAUUCCAAAAAAAAAUCCACCGCCUGAAGUUUGUUACAUAAUCUGGUAUAUUAGCAUCUUUUAAAUAUAUGCAGCAAAAAUAAACCUCAUUUCAUGCAUGCAAAACAUGGUCCCCCCUUUCAUUCCAACUCACCACACUGUUUAGAUUUUCAUUCAUUUGUAAAAGUAAUAGAUAGCAAAGUUGAAAACUAGCAUAUAGUACAAAUAAAACAAGUGUCUUGAAAGAAGUUAAAAAACUGCUUAUAAGAAAAAAAUUGUGUCGAGGAAAAAAUAUAACGCCUUAUUUAUUUCAUUAUUUAUUUUGUUAUAUAUCUAUACAGUACAAUAUUCAUCCAUAUUUCUACAUUAUGUUUCUUCAAAAGCUAAUGAGGGUUCCUCAAAUAAGUGUAUAGAUUCAUCGUAAUACUCCAGUGGCAAAUCUUCGGCAGGUGGAUGAGUAGGAAAUGGGGGUGGUGUCUGUAAUUUCUUCAAUGGGAGAACAGUGUCAAAAAGAUAACACAUGGCACCAGUUUCACCAGGGAUACCAACACCCAACGUCCAAAGCACAUUAUGCUUAGUAUUGAUGCGGAGUAUUUUGACACCCCUUAAUAUUCUCCAUCUAAAAUUUUUUUUAUUAUUCAAUAAGGGAACUAUGUAAUGUUUAGGUAGGAUAUAUAAGCUAGGUACAUAAAAAUUUGCCAAUACAUAGGACUAAUGAAAUUCAUAGAUAAUAUAGGCACAUGUAUUUUUUAAUUUGUAAAUAUAGUAGAACUUGAUUAAGAGAA